CCCUUUCGUGUGGUCUCCCACUAUAUAUUCCGUCUUCUUCCCCCUCCACUAACCAGGUGCAUCGAUUGUUCAAAUCUGCAUCUGCUCUGCUGGAUUUUGCUGUUUUAAUCCUUUUUUUUUUUUUUUCAGUUUUUUGGUAUUGUUUUUGGAUUCGAUUGGUUGAUUGAUUGAUUGAUUUGUUGGUUGAUCGGAUCGGAUCGGGAAUUGAAAUGCCUAACCUACCGGAGGAGGAAUCGUUUCUGCCAUCGACGCCGGGGAAGUUCAAGGACAAGUCGCACUCAAUGCACCGGCAGUUCCACCGGUGCUUCGCGUCGACGAGCACAAUGUUCCUGUGGGCGCUGUUUCUGGUAGCGUUGACGGCGUCGUAUUUGAGCUUCCAAUCGUUCGUCGAUUCAGGCAGCAAGUACUUCUCCACCGCCUGGGGCGGCGCGCACUGGGAGAAGCAGGUGCGAACCUCCGCUCAGAUCCACCGCCGCAACGGAUUCUCCGUGCUGGUCACCGGCGCCGCCGGAUUCGUCGGCACGCACGUCUCCCUCGCCCUGCGUAAGCGCGGCGACGGAGUUGUCGGAUUGGAUAACUUCAACAACUACUACGAUCCUUCGCUGAAGAAGGCGCGGCGGAACCUCCUCCGCGCGCAGAACGUCUUCGUCGUCGACGGCGACAUCAACGACGCGCGCCUCCUCGCGAAGCUCUUCGAAACCGUUUCCUUCACUCACGUGAUGCACCUCGCCGCUCAGGCCGGCGUCCGGUACGCUCUCGAGAAUCCUCAUUCCUACAUCCACAGCAACAUCGCCGGCCUCGUCACUCUCCUCGAGGUCUGCAAAUCCGCCGAUCCUCAGCCGGCGAUAGUCUGGGCGAGCUCCAGCUCCGUCUACGGCCUGAACGAGAAGGUUCCGUUCUCCGAACCGGACCGGACCGACCGGCCGGCUUCCCUCUACGCCGCCACAAAAAAAGCCGGCGAGGAAAUAACCCACACCUACAACCACAUAUACGGGUUAUCCAUAACGGGGCUCCGUUUCUUCACGGUUUACGGACCCUGGGGCCGACCCGACAUGGCCUAUUUCUCCUUCACCCGCAACAUCCUCCAAGGGAAACCCAUAACCAUCUACCGGGGCAAGAACCGGGUGGACUUGGCCCGGGAUUUCACCUACAUCGACGACAUUGUCAAGGGCUGCGUCGCCUCAUUGGAUACCGCGAAGCGGAGCACCGGGUCGGGCGGCAAGAAGCGGGCCCCGGCCCAGUACCGGAUCUUCAAUCUGGGUAAUACGUCGCCGGUGACGGUGCCGAUGAUGGUCGGAAUUCUCGAGAAGCAUCUGAAAGUAAAGGCAAAGAAAAACGUCGUCGAAAUGCCCGGAAACGGCGACGUUCCGUUCACGCACGCGAAUAUAACGGCGGCCCGCAAGGAAUUAGGGUACAAACCCGGAACCGAUUUACAAACCGGGUUGAAAAAGUUUGUUAAGUGGUAUUUAUCGUAUUACGGUCCUAAUCAUCGCCACUCGUAAAGUGAUUUAAUUUAGAAUUAGGGUUCCUUUUUUCUUUUUUUCUUUUUUUUUAACCUUUUGGUGGUUUUAUUUAAAUUUGUCUUUUACAUGGGCAAAGCUAAAAAAAGAAAAAAAAAAGUGUAUACAUUGUUAUAAUUAUUAUUCUUUUCUUCUAGAAGGCAAAUGGAGUGGAAAGAAAGGCGCCCUCCUUAUCUUCUUAUUUUUAUUACAACCUUUUUGUGGCUUUGUUGUAAAGAAUCAAGACCAAAGGUUUUUAAUCAAUUUCAGCCCAUUUUUUUAUUUCUCUGAAA